UCUAUUCUUCUCACUCUGGCAUCCUUUUAUCCAAAACCAUUAUUAUCAGAAGCAGAAAUAACGAGAGGUUGCAGCAACAAUGGCAGCCAUGGCUGCUCUUCAGAGCUCAAUGACUGGUCUUUCCCUCUCCUCCAACUCUUUCUUAGGCCAGCGCUUUUCCCCCAUCACAUUCCCCUCUCUUCUUCCGGGUAAGUCAACCGAGAAGCAAUGUCCCAUUGUAAUGAAGCUUAAACGAUGGGAGCGAAAGAAGUGUAAACCAAACAGCCUUCCUAUCUUGCAAAAAAUGCAUGUUAAACUUGGAGAUACGGUGCAAAUCAUAACUGGAAGUGAAAGAGGUAAAGUUGGGGAGAUCACUAGAAUCUUCAAGCAUAACAGCACAGUAAUAGUGAAAGAUUUAAAUUUGAAGACAAAGCAUGUCAAGAGUAGAGAAGAGGGGGAACCGGGCGAAAUUAUUAAGAUUGAAGGUCCUAUCCACAGCUCAAAUGUGAUGCUGUACUCGAAAGAUCAGAAGGUAGCAAGCCGUGUGGGACACAAAGUCCUUGAUAAUGGUAAUAAAGUUCGGUACCUUAUAAAGACUGGAGAAAUAAUUGACAGUUCAGAAAAUUGGAAGAAACUGAAGGAGGAGACUACUAAGAAACCUGAAGAAGCUGCUGCUGCUGCUGCAUAAUUUUUCUUGUGUAGUUCAUUCAUUCUCUGGUAAUGUAACUCUAGCUGUACUUGUUGUGCUCAGUUUUUUUUCAUUUUAUCAUCUGAUGUAUAUUUUGGUCUGUCUGUUGAUCUCCAUAUACAAAAACCAGGGUGAUUAAAUUUGUCUAUUGGUUGUUCACUUUGAGCAAAGUGAAUCUUUUUGAAGAGAAAUUGUUCAUGAAAGUGGAAAUGGCUGUUUUUUUCUGAGUA